CGAACAGAUACGAAUACGGCAUAGUCCAUAUGCUGGACGCCACCCAGAGUCUGGAAAGUAGACACUUUGAGCAGAGGGUGUGCAGCUGGGACCAAUGGCAGCUAGGGUUCUUCAAGAAUACUGGUGCCUGGUUUUGCAAGCACUGAUGGACGAUGAUUGCGCCUUGGCAUCGUCGAACGUCCGAGGGCCCUCUGCUGAGGUGUAAAUACAGGUAGGAUCGUGAGUUUUGCUUGUUCUCAGUGCUUUGACAUGGUUUGUGUGCGCUGGACGCUCAAAGUCAGACACAACCUUCUAUGGAAAGGUGACAAUGGACAUCGCUCUCAGAUACACAGUGUCACAGGAUGGCACCAAGCUUGCAUAUUACCAGCUCGGCACGGGUCCUGGCAUCAUCAUCGUCCACGGAGCAAUGCAAUCUGGGCUAAGUCAGAGUGAGCUUGCUCUGGCUUUGGCAAAGGACUACACUUGUUAUCUACCUGACCGUCGAGGCCGCGGCAAGUCUGGCCCGUCCGUACAGACGUACUGCCUCCAACGCGAGAUUGAGGACAUCGAGGCAAUUCACACUACGACUGGAGCUCGCUAUCUCUUUGGAGUAAGCUCUGGGGCUUUGAUCGUCCUGAGAUCUGCCUUGGUCGCCCACCCUUCUCAUUUUGAUGGUGUUGCCGUCUUCGAACCUCCAUGGUGGCCCGACACUUUGAUCGAAGAGAGCACCUCCUGGGUAGCCCGGUACGAGGACGAGAUCAACCGUGGCGAAAUUGCAGAGGCUCUUACUACAGCAAUGCUCGGCGUCAAGAUGGGUCCUCCUCUAUUCCAGUCCAAGUACUUUCCACGACCGGUCCUCACUCUUCUCUCGAGGCUCAUGAUCAAGGCUGACAAGUCAUCUCAAUCCAAAAAGUUGGCCAAGACUACACAGCAGGACAUCAUGAGCGAUCAACCCACUUUUGAAGACCUCGCUUACACCCUACGAAACGACAUCAAGAUAACGAGCGAAAUGUCAGGUGACGAUAACUUUGAUCUGCUGUCAGGGGUCGAGGUUGAGACUUUGAUCCUCGGUGCCAGUAGAAGUCCCGAGUACUUGAAGAAUUCGGUCCGCAUACUGGAGAAAAUCAUACCACAUGCAUCUUUUGUCGAGUUUCAGGGAUACGAUCAUGGUAUGACUGGAAACAAGAGCCAUCAUGGAAGUCCUCAAGUUGUGGCAUCGGAAUUACUCAAGUUUUUCAUCUCGCAGGACGCCACAGCGAGUUCAACUUAGGGGUUUUUUCCUUCAGCGGGGACCCUCUUUACAGCAAAUCAUUUAGCGAGUAUCCCACCGUCGACCACGAUGCUAGUGCCACACACGAAAUCACUGGCCUUGCUGGCUAGGAAUAUCACCACACCGCGAAAGUCUUCCGGCAACCCCCAACGACCAGCAGGCGUGCGGUCUAUGAUAUACUUUGUGUACUCGGCAUCAUCCGUGUACACCUUUGUCAUUGCUGUUUUGAUCUGUGUCUUUUUGUCAGUCGACAUGGCAUCAUGAAUAUUUGCGUGGGCUCAACAAGCAAAGACAUACAUAGCCAGGACAGAUGCAAUUCACGUUGAUGCCCUUGGAAGCCCAUUCAUUACUCAUUGCCUUUGUCAUUUGCAAGACCCCCCCUUUGGUACACGCGUACGCGGCGAUGUUGAUAUUUCCAAUGAAUGAGAUGAUGGAGGCAAUGUUGAUGAUCUUGCCGGGACGCUUAAGCUCAAGCAGUUUCUUGCCAAACUCCUGUGCCGCCACAAAGGAAGCUUUGAGAUUGAUAGAGAAAACCUGUUGUCCCCAUGUUGUUCAGAACAAUGCUCAUGUCAUGGCUUGACCAAAUUGAAGAGAUAAGUACUUACAGCGUCAAUAUUCUCAUCUGUAAAGUCUUCCACUUUAGCUCGUCGAUUG